GGAGGUUUUGACCAUUUUUAAGCAAAUAGGUUGUUCCUUAUUUAUAUUGGAACCUAAGUGCACAUUUUAUUGUGCCGGUAUUACAAAAGUCUUGAAAGCCCGCGAAUGUCAAACAUACGCUUAGGGGAUUUCCUCAAAGAUAAUGUUUUGUAUCCAAGAGGACCAGGAUUAGGUGCAGCUCAGAUUUUAAACAAUGUAAAAUCGACUUUACAUUUUGGUACUUUGUCAUCGAUCGAUUCAUGGGAAUCGAAUGCCUAUUUACUGUUCAUGCCAUUAGUUUCUGAUAGUCGUCCAGAAUUCCGUGGAAACAUACUUCGAGAUUGUAUGCUACAUUUACCUAUCCCUUUAAAAAUGCCGUCUACGGUGGCAGUUGGUCUUGAUGGUGUAGAAAGUCAACGAAAGGCUGACGAGCUUUUGGGAAGACUGAAUAAUGAAACUGAGAAUUAUCAUACAAUAAAGCGUCCUUUCAAGCCAUUGUUGUAUACGGAUUCAAGUCUUUAUUGUACUUCAAUGCCGUUCACUGAUGCAAUGGAACUUGGUAGUCCAGGUGAUGGACUUAUUAUACGCCCAUCUAAACUCGGUUUAUUCAUUUUACAUAUGAAUGCUAUACCGUUGGGAAAAGAGGUACCUAAAAUAUUACAGACAAAAUAGUCUACUCAAAAUGCAGAUUUCUGAUAAUGGAUAUUUCAUCAAAGAGUUGCACCAAUAUUGAAUCAGAAAUGAUUGCAUCAUUGGGCGACAAAUUAGGUUUUGUGUGUGGUAUGAAAGUAAGCUCUAGUCUUGAUUUUUAUUGUUACACUGCUCAAAAAUAUAGAACUUCACCAAAUAUUCUCUCUAAGAUAUUGAAGAUACAAAUUGAGCUAAGAAAUAUUUCUUUUCAAAUAUUUCAUUAUCAAGGUCCUCUUCUAAUAUUAUAGAUUAUACGGCAAAGUAUAAAAUCUAUUCCAAAUAUUUGAUGGUGAGUCAAUAUAACAAUUUAAUUCUAUUCAGUUAGUAACUGGAUUCUGGGAAUUUAAACAAAGGUGAAAGUUUGUAAUCAGUUAAUUACUACACUUAGUUUGAAGGGACUGAUGUUGGAUAUGUGUAUGUUUUGUCAUCAAUGACAUUUAUAAGUAUUUAAUAAAACAAAUGAGAAGAAAAUUAGAUGGUCAGCUUAUUAAACACAUUAAAAAUUAGUACUUAAUAAACCAUAAAUAACUAAAAUGUUUUGGAAAUUCGGACAGGAUUUGAUGGGCGUAAUAUUGACUAAGUAGAAGGCCAGGGUAGAUUAAGAAGCUGUACAAAUGUUUUCUGUAUGCAUAGGUUAUGUUUAUUGAUAUGUAUUCCCACGGCUUCUACUUACGUAAGACCUGAAUUCUAGAUACAGGCUAAGUUCACUUGAAUCCCAUAGAUGGCAAUAAAAUUUAGAUUUAUAUUGACAUGGUGACUAGUCCCAUCUAUAUGCAUCAAAAUAAAGCUUAUUGUUUUCUAUUGUUCUUUGGUUAAAUAAGAAUUGAAAUAUGAAGCUUAAAGCUGAAUGUAUUUCUUUUAGUUGAAAUGAUAUCAAUGCAUAUCCACUAUAAUUUUAUUCAUAGCAUUAAUGUAAAAGUAAUUCUCUGAAGUAUCUGAAAACUGUCCUCAAAUUGUUUAGAUGUAUAUAGCAGCUCCUAAACAUGAGUUGUAAAAUUUCAGAAUUGUAGGAAAUCAGUUUUUAAGAUCCAACUGUCACCAGAUCAUUCAACUAAUUUCAAAACAAAGUAAGUCGAUAUUAAUAAACCGACUGUUGGUUUGUUAAUGAUAUUGUUUUUAUUUCUAUAGUACUAAUGGCGAGACUAUAAUUUAUGGACGAACCAUUCAGAUUUACGAUAACAGGUCUUGAAUUUUGGCGCAAAAUUCACUCAUCCAUUUGGUUAAAUAGAGUUUUGGUAUUAUAGCUGAUGUCAGUUCGUGAUGAAAACCCUAUAUCUAAUUUCUAACCUUAACCAUCAAUUGUAAACAUUAACCCUAAUUCCCCACGCUGGUUUAUAAUCCUCAUUUAGCCUGAAAUAAAUCAACAUAAAUCAAUUAAUAAACCUUAUGAUUCUAUGUUUAGAACAUUUACUCGAAAAAUUAUAACAAACUAAUUAAUACUUAUAUUACUGUAUUACGUAGAAAAUUAGUAGUUCGUUUCAUAUGAAAUAUUUUCGAAAAUAUUUUCAUGACAUUGUGUUUUGUUUUGACUGAUAAAUGACAGUUUAAGUACUUGUAUUAAGAUAUAUAAUUUAUCACUAUGGUGGACUUCUCUUAAAAAAAUUAAUUACCUAAAACUAACUUCACUAUCGCUAAUAAUCUCUGCUUUAUGAAGUAUGAUUUAAUUAGUGGGUGCAUCUUAAGUUUAAUAAUUCACAGGCUUACAAUAGAUUUAUCACUGAGUUGCGACAAAUGUCAUGUUUAUUUAGUUCUUUACUGUUGGUCGAAGUCUACCGAUCAAAAUAAAAUAUGGCUACUAGUUUGUGUGACCCAACACCUCAUGCAUUAUAUUGAAGUGUUAGAUUGUCUGAGGUAGUUUAGAGGAAAGUAUGAACUUAAGUUUCGUGUUAGCUAGCACUUGUCAGCAAGCAAUGUUUGCAAACGUAAUGGGAUUGAUGUUUCUUAUGUCAAGGGUUUCCUGCUAACUAUCUACAAGUACUUGACAAUUUAGUGGCUGAUAGGUUUGAUACAUUUGAGAUUUGAAUUUUUCAAACCCUCUAUCUAUUAAGCAGAGAUUUUCAUGAUGAUCUCAUCAAUAGUUAAUUAUUUGCUAUCGUUUCGUGUUUCUAAUCUAUUUGAAUAAAAAUAAAAGACGUUGAUCUCUGGUUUUACAAUAAAAUUAAGUGUAAGAUGGUUUUAGUUAAUAUUGAUAAAUGUAGAUAGUAAAAAGUCAAAAUCACAACUGGAACAUUAUCUUAAAAUUAUCAUUAUCAUAGUGAUAAACUUUCUUCUCUCUAUUAUUGAAUACCACCGUUAUUCUUAUUAGCGUAAGUACGUAUUUAUUUGUAUACAUACACAAGCAGUCAUUCAGUGGCUUAACUUUAAUCAUUCACUAAAAUGUGAUCAUAUGACGUGAAUUUUAUGCAGUAAAUAUCCAUAUAUAUAUAGUUAAAUAAGUAUUCACAUUGCGAUGAUGAUGAUGUUGGCAAUGGUUAAUUACACUAUUGAUAGUUUUGCGAAAAUAUUGAUCAGUAAGUAUAGAAUGAAGUGAAUCCAUCC